CGCAGCACUUCCUCACUGGACCUCUGGACCAUGGACAGUGACCCAAGGGAAGACGACAGUCGACAGACAUUCUUUCCACCUUCGGAGGCUCCGGGGAGGCUGCCAGAGCCUCUGUCCUGGUCCUCCAUCCUGCAACACAGCAGAGUCCCUAUGGUUACGGAGGUGGUGGCCCGGGAGGCCCUCCUCAGCUUUGUGAACUCCAAGUGCUGCUAUGGCCGUGCAGCCGCCAGUGACCUGAUCAUCCGAGAGCUGAGGCAGCAGACCCUCUGCAGGUACCGACUGGAGACCUUCAGUGAAUCCAGGAUAAGCGAAUGGACAUUUCAACCUUUCACUAACCACUUAGUCGAUGGGCCACAGAGGGGCACCUCGCCCAAGCUCUGGGACAUCAAGGUCCAGGUCCCUGCGAUGUUCCAGGAGGACACCAGGAAGUCCCAAGUGCCCCACUCCUCCCUGGUCAAGGACUGCCACAAGUGCUGUGGGCGUGGGCGGCACAGAUGCGGCGGCUGCCAUGGGCCUGGCACGGUGAGGUGCCCAGCAUGCAGCGGAGCGAAGCGCAAAGCCCGGCCACCCCGGAGGUGUCCCAUGUGCUCAGGCUCCGGCAGGCGCAGGUGCAGCGUGUGCUCGGGGAGAGGGAGCAAGGCGUGCGCCACCUGCCGGGGGGAACGGAAGCUGGUGCACUUCGCUCAGCUGGUCACCACGUGGAGGAACAGCCUGUUCGAGUUUGUGUCCGAGCCGCACCUCGACUGCCCCAGGGAGCUCCUGGGGAAAGCCAAAGGGGAAAACCUCUUCAGGGACGAGAACUCAGCGGUGUACCCCAUUGUGGACUUCCCCCUGCAGGAGAUCUCCCUGGCCUCCCAUAGGGGGAUCGAGGAGCACAGUGCUGCCCUGGCCUCCAGGGGCCGCAUCUUGCAGCAGCGCCAGACCAUUGAGCUGGUCCCGCUCACGGAAGUUCACUGUUCGUAUCAAGGAAAGACUUACAUCUACUACAUCUAUGGCACUGACCACCAAGUGUAUGCGGGGGACUACCCGGAGCAGUGCUGCUGCGGCUGUAUCAUCGUCUGACCACACAGCUGUCCCGGGGGGGCCCCCUGUCCUCGUCUGCUGCGGUGGGGGAGUUGCCGAGGCCUGAGCUUGCAUGUGGUUGGUCACGUCGGACAACCACAUACAAGCCCUGCCUCCUUUUGAAAAAGUCAGCCCAUCCUGUCUCAG